AUGUCAGCAUUUCUCAAAAGCUUAAAAGCGCCUUCCUCUGAUUCUUUACCAAGUAUUAGAAGUCCUCGAGGCUCAGAAACUCCAACGCCCAGAUUUGCAAGAAAGAGUCAGCAUGGCAAAAUUUCUGUCUCAUCAAACUCAGUCCCAAGCCUUAAUACCCUACCAGAACUUAAGCAUAAUAGUCCUAGAAAUAUAGAAGUUUCGCAGACAUAUCCCCAACUUCCACUUACAGACCGUCUUUUGCCACAACUACAGCCUUCAGCGAUUUCCAGUUCUUCCUGUGGUAAAGUUAAAGCUUAUGCUGCUAAUACCAACCAAGGUCUGACUCGGCAAUAUAACGAAGACAAAGCGAUUAUUAUACUGAGAAUUAAAAAGCCGCAGCUUCAAGCUAAAAAAGACUGGCCAGAUUGCUCAUUUUUUGGUCUUUAUGAUGGACAUGGUGGCAAAACUUGUUCUAAUUUCUUAAGAGAGAAUUUGCAUCAAUAUAUUAUAAAUGAUCCAUUAUUCCCUGAUUGCCCAAAGCAAGCGAUAUUAAGAGGUUUUGAACAAGCUGAAACUGAUUUUUUGAAGCUGGCCAAACAAACUGGAGAAAAAUCUGGGUCUUGUGCUCUCAUUAGUUUAGUUAUAGGAGAUACAUGCUACGUAGCUAAUGUUGGGGACUCUAGAGCCAUUAUGAGUGGCUGUGGAGGUCAGCAAGCUAUUACUAUUACAAAAGACCAUAAGCCUUCAGACCCUGAAGAGCAAGUUAGAGUCCAAAAAGAGGGAGGUAAAAUUUACUAUCAUAAAAAUUCUCCCAAUAUAGUUUAUAGAGUCUCUCCAGGUGGACUUUCAGUCAGCAGAACCAUUGGCGACCUUGAUGCUAAAGACUCAGAAUUCGGGGGCAACCCAAAUGUGAUUAUUGCUAAGCCAGAAAUAAAGUCAUUUAAAAUAAAAAAGGAUCACGAUUUUAUGGUUCUAGGCUGUGAUGGAAUUUUCGACGUGAUGAAUACUCAAGAAGUCGUAUCAACUGCAUGAAACAGCAAUUUUAAUAGUGAUGAAUUAUCACCAAAUUUCUGUAGGAAUGCAGUUGAAGGAAUUGUUACGCAAAGUAUGAGAAGAAGGAGCGGAGAUAAUCUCACAGCAAUUAUCAUUGCAUUUGAUAAUUUUGAAAGCCGUUUUAUGGAACAAGCUAAAUGUUAA